AUGGCGGAAAAGAGGGAGCCCCUUCUCCAGCAAGGUCCGGCCCACACCGCGGCGCAACGUGGCGAUGUGGCUGCACUGUCUGCCCUCGACGAUGCGGAGUUGCAAAAGGAGUUUUGCGGCGCCAAAGCCUUGCACCUGGCAGCAGCGGCCAAUCAGCUGCGAGCCCUGGACUUCCUGCUGUCCCGGAAGAAGGACAGCAUCAACGAGAAAGAUGACCAAGGCCGUGUGCCGCUGAUCCACGCUGUGGUGGGACGUGCCGCAGAGGCAAUUGUCUGGCUGGUGAAGAAUGGUGCAGACCUAACGGCUGCAGAUGCGCUGGGCUUCACCCCUCUCCACUGGGCAGCGGAGCUGGGAUCGUCCUCGCUGGUGGCCCUGCUGCGAACACUCGGCGCACCGCUGGAUGCCCGCACUGCUUCGGGCGACACACCCCUAGGGCUGGCCGUGCGAGGGUCGCGGCUCGAAGUUGUGGAGUACCUUGUGCUGGUGGUGGGCAUAACCGCAGACGAGCAGGCCGAGGCUCUGUCCAGUAUCAAGCCGGGGCCUUGCCGCUUUUGGUUGCGUCGGUGCCUGCAGAGCAAGGUGGGGUGCCACGACGUACUGGAGGGAGGCGGCCCCUGUGACCCACGUCUAGGGGGCGGCUUCCUUCCGUUGGAGGCCCGGUGCUGGCGUGGGCCAGAGCAGAUCCACGUGGAGCCCCGGCAGGCCUGCAUUCUCUGCGGCAUCCUGGCGCUUGUUGGGGCAUGGAUCCUGCUGAGGGGCGAUUGCGGUGAAGGGGACAGCGCUGGCCGCACUGCAGCUGUGUUCUCCGUGGCGACGACUUGCGUGGGCUCCCUGUGCUUCGUGGCAGCGUCCAGCCAGAGCCCCGGCAGCGUUGCCCCGUCACCGGAGCUGCGAACAAGGUAUCGCCAGGCUGUGGACCAUGCUGCAGCAGUUCGCGCUGCGGAUGCCGACAACUCGGAGUUCUCUUGGUGGGGCACCAGGGCCCCUCUCCACCACGAGCUGGAGAUGGUGGGCCCGGAGAGGUCGAAGUACUGCACCGCCACUCGGCAGUGCGUCCCCAUCUUCGACCACUACUGCGCCUUCCUCCGAAACUCGGUCGGGCCUGGAAACUAUGCAGCUUUCUUCGCCGCCAUGCUGUGUGCGGCCGCGACAUGCCUGUCGCUGGCGUGGGCGUUCUGGAGGCUGCCAACUCGGCAUGUUUGGCUAUGCGAAGGUGCCGCAGCCUUUUUUGGCGUUGUGGCGCUCCCGCUCCUAGCCAUGUUGGGCUUCCAGUGCGCUCUGGCCUCUUACGGCCUAACGACCUGGGAGAUGCUCCAGCUGGUGAAAGGGAGGCCGGUGCCCUACUUGCUGGAUGCGAACGGCCAGUUUCAGAAUCCUUACCACAGAGGCUUCUUCCUCAACCUGACCUCCCGCCUUCUGGGCACAUGUGACACAAGCGACACCUGCGGAACGGAAAAGACUGGAGAGGUCGCUGUGUGA